UUUUUAUUCGCGGAGUAAUCGUAACGCCAUGCAGCAGAGCUGUGCACCAGGUGAAGCUGGAUUCCAAGCCUACGGAACAGACACGAGUGUAGACGGGGGAGGGCCUACUUCAGCGCCGACGAGAAUGGACGCAGCGGACGUAGACGACACCGCCGUCGGAACGGACUCCUUCCAGCCGCCCGGUCUCAGCAUGCCGUACGGUAUGUCCGGAGGGUACACCCCACCGGAUAGCAACAGCUCCCGCUCGUCGCCAGGUGACGGGGUGGACGCGGAGCUCUCUCGGUACAACUCGCAGGUCCCUCCCGACUACCCGCUAGGACACUACCCCGGUGCGACCAACCCCGAGAACGCGUACUCCAUCACAAGUAUGACGCCCUCCCCACAUCCCUACACCAACGGAUACGACCAACCACAAAUGUAUGGGCAACAACCGCCUGGCUACUUCGCACCGAUCGAAUCGGGCCCACCCCAGCCCCCUAACGGACAGUACCAACACGGUUACAACGGUAACUACCCCUACCCGGGCGGCGGGUCCAUGUACGGGUACCCCCCUGGCCCUCCCCCUACCCCCGCGAAACUGAGCGUCUUCCUGACCAAUCGGGAUCUGUGGGUCAAGUUUCACCAACACGAGACGGAAAUGAUCAUCACUAAACAGGGCAGGCGGAUGUUCCCGGUACUGCAGUUUGCCAUAUCCGGUCUGGACCCGCAUGCGCAGUACAACGUGUUUGUGGACAUGGUGUUGGCUGACGUCAAUCAUUGGAAGUUCCAGAACGGGAAGUGGGUGCCGUGUGGGCGGGCGGAUACAAACCCGCAAGGAAGCCGAGUGUACGUCCACCCAGAAUCCCCUAACAGCGGCGCGCACUGGAUGAAACAGGAAGUGGUCUUCAGCAAGCUCAAACUCACCAACAACAAAGGCGCCGACAACGGACAUGUGGUGCUGAACUCCAUGCACAAGUACCAACCCCGGCUGCACAUCAUCGAGGUGUCUAACCGAGCCGGCGGCGGCGAGCGCGUGCUACAGUCCCACAGUUUCCCCGAGACACAGUUCAUCGCAGUUACCGCCUACCAGAACACAGAUAUCACCCAGUUGAAGAUCGACUACAACCCUUUUGCCAAAGGAUUCAGAGACAACUACGAUGGCCCUACAAACAUCCGACCGAACGGUUUUGACGGCAGAUCUGCAGGUAUGGAGCCGGGCAUGCAUCCAUCGUUAGGCGGACCCCUCCCCCUGAUGCCGCCCAUCUACCCAGUGGGCCCGCCAAUGCCCGCUCACAACCGCGGUAUCCAUCUGCCGUACGACAUGCGGUCUCACUCAUCCGGAGGAAGUAGUUCCUCGCCGGGCAGCCCAGAGAUGCAGCCCAAAGACUUGGAGUUGAAAGAAACCGCUUCAGACUUGCCAGGCUCCGCUCAGAACGGGCAGAGCAACGCUACACCAGAGAAGCAGGCGUCACCAACGAGGGUUAACAACUCAAACCUACUUCUGACAACAACAGCACCGUACACAGUCAACAGCAGCGGCCAGCCGCACUACAGCAUGGCAAUGACCAUGCAUAGCAGAGGAAUGCCGCCGCGAAAUGGCGGUCUACCGCAAAAUGGGCAGGUGUCGGAAAACGGCAACAUGGCACCAAACGGCCACAUUUCGCAAAACGGGCAGUCGCAGGGAGAGGAGGCCAGACCGGAAUGGAGAAGCCCCAGCAAAACACGCCCGUCAGGAGAUGAGGACGACAAUCGCGACGCUGCCGCAAAACGGCUCAGGACGGAAGAACUCCCGCCAUACCACGACGCAACACCAGGGAACAACUACGACGUUUACGACGACCAACCAGGAGAUGGUACGUCAUCGUUUGGUCAACAACAGGAUCACAUGCAAUACCACCGCUACAAUGGGUACUACUCAGCAAACCCAGAGGACUACGGACACUACUAUGACAGAAAUGCGAUGCAGUAUGGUUACUACGGUAACCAGGGCUAUCAGGCGUCCGCGCACGCGCAGUUCGUAGACAGUGAGAAGUUUGCACAUGCGCAUUACAACGGAGCAUACCACCAGGCCCAGUAUAAUGGGGGGUACAUGCCAACAAGCACAGCCAGCGCCGAAACAGCAACUGGGCAUUACUAAGACUUCGGCAAAGAACUCUAGCGAAACAACACUGAAGAAUUGGUUCAGGCACAUUUGUAGUGUUUGGUAGUCCUAAGGCAGUGUACUUUCUCUGCAAAGUUAAUUUUUUACCCUUCUUGUUGCAAGCGGAUUGUAAGAUAUGUACGUACUUUAGUAUUUAUUGUUGCAUCGUCCAAAAAUGACGCUAAGGCCUUCUAGCGCUAGAAGUUUGAGACAGUAAGAGCCACGUCUUAAAUGUUAAACAUAUCGUAGAGGGUAGUUUUAAGUUGUUUUUCGACGACAAGUAGGAAAUAAGUAAAGAUAAACAUCAGACGUGCCUUGAAGGUACGUGAUGUCUAAAUGAACGUGUACAGCUAGUCAGGUGGUCCGUUGCAUCUUGUGCAAUACUCUAGCGCCACCUACCAGGAUACGAACGAACUGCACGACACAUUUGUUGCAAUUUUUCAACUCCCUACCUCUCCGACAAUGCUGCAACGAAAUAUGAUUGUAAAAUGCUGCUAAAGUCACGUAUCAUAAGAUGGAAAUGUUUUUUUAAUGACAAUCUACGAACUACAUCAUUUUAUAGCUAAUACUAGAUCAUGUUGAAGACAUUUUUACGCUAUAUUCUAGAUAUAAUUCAAGCAUUGUUGCGCUGGUACGACGUUUUUUUUACUAAAGAAUGUUUUAAAACCUUAUUAUACCAUAUAGUGUUGUAAAAGGAAGUAGAAAAGCAUUUCCACUGCAAAAUCAUUUGUUUCUCUUUUUUCUGUUACUGCAACACAUUGGUGUAAUUUAAGUAUGUGUUUGUGUGUGUGUGUGUGUGUUUUUUUUUUUGGGGGGGGGGUACCUAUUAAAUGUAAGUCCUUCUUUUUGAGCCUGUUUUGCAAGAAGACUAGCACGGCCAUGGGAGGAACAUAUACUUUAUUGAAAUGUCGCGGGUUACAAAAGUCGUCGAUUCUUAUGCACAUAUUGUACACCAGUCAUGAUCUUUAUACAUUCGUCGUGUUGCUAAAAGUUUUGUACAUCUAUACCACGAGUUACGUCUGUGCUAAGCUGGAUUCACAACGGUCGAUUUUAUCACAUGUACAAUUGUUUGAAACUUUUUAAAAAACAUCUUAUGACCUUAUGUUAUGAUUUACAAAUCGAUCUGAUACAUGACAUGCCUAAUAAAUGGUUCAGCU